AUGUCGAAAGAAAUCAAGAGUAUUGACACGGUUGCGCUCAUAAUCGGUGCAAGACCAGCCGGUUUAGCUACCUCAGCUUGUCUAAACCGGUUGAACAUACCAAACAUAGUGGCGAAAAGAGAGGAAUGCAAUGCCUCUCUCUGGAAAAGAAGGUCUUACGACUGUCUCAAGCUUCACUUCGCAAAGAAAUAUUGUGAACUCCCUAACAUGAGAUUCCCUCCAAAAACUCCUACCUUCGUCUCCAAGUCAGGUUUGGUUAGUUACAUUAAAGAGUACGCCACACGUUUCAACGUUAGCCCUAGGUACAACCGUAAUGUCAAAUACGUGUGUUUCAAAGAUGGUCGCUGGGUCGUGGAGGUGGAUAACUCAGCGGAGAGAUCAGAAGUUUACUCGGCGAACUACUUGGUGGUGGCGACGGGAGAGAACAGCGAAGGCGUGAUCCCGGGGCUCGUGGAGGGCUUCGAAGGAGAGUAUUUGCACUCAAGCGAGUACAAGAAGGGCGAGAAGUUCGCCGAAAAACAUGUUUUAGUUGUCGGAAGUGGGAACUCCGGGAUGGAGAUUGCUUAUGACGCGUCGAAGUGGGACGCUAAUGUCUCCCUCGUCGUUCACAGCCCGGUUGACGUGCUGACGAGAGAGAUAGUAAGGAUAGGUAUGUGGCUGCUCAGGUUUUUCCCGGUUAAGUUAGUUGACCGUUGGUGUCUCUUACUCGCAAAGCUGAGGUUCGGUGAUACUUCGAGAUAUGGGCUUAUAAGGCCUGAUAAGGGGUCGUUUAUGAUCAACACUAACCCCUCGAGGCAUAGCGAAAACAUCCACAACCCUCACAGUGUACUCAUCCACGAACUCUCCAAGUAUCAAUCCCAUUACUUCCAUAGGAACUCCAGCUCUCCCUGUAUCCCACCAUCUCAAACUCAAAACUAA